AUGGCGGCAGUUGAAACUGCACAGCUACAACAAUUCUUCGAAAACAUUUCUCUUAAGAUUACCCCGGCAGAAACGGAAAAUGUUGUGCAUUCUUUAAAACGGAUAUAUGGGGGGAAGUUUAAGUCGUUGGAAAGCCACGAUCUGUUGAAAUGUUUGCAACUUCUUGCUAAGCAAAGGUAUGUAACUGAAAACAACCUGAAACUCGUAGAAGACUUCGUUGCUCCGAAAUGUAGCCAACAGAAGGACAUUGAGGAGGCACUGAAAAGUUUCAAGGCCUCUCGUCUGAUGAAAGCUGAUCCAAAAAAGGAAUUAAAAGGACGGAGCGAUGAAAUCACGAAAAUCAAUAGAAAACUUGAAUUAAAAGAUAUUGCACUUCUAAACUUGUUUGGGUCGUCCGGGAUAGGAAAGACAGAGCUUGCAAAAGAAGUUUGUUCAAAAUGGAAAGGGAUUUCUCGUAUUUUUGACCUGAGGAAGGCACAGGAUAUGACAGCGAUCUAUCACAACAUGCUUCAUUCUCUCGAACUAGCUGUUCCAGCCGGUCGUGUUGAGCAAUUGCAAGAGUAUGUUGUAGCAAAGGUUCAAGAGAAAGUGAAAGAGCUGAAAGAUGGGGAACAGCCUGUUCUUUUUAUGCUGGAUAAUGUGGACCAAUUUACCGCAGGGAAAAAAGAAGAGGGGAAAAGGUUAAAAAAAGCAUUCCUACGCUUUUUAGAAGAACUUUUAGAAAGUGAAGAAAAAAGACUUCCUUUAAAACUGCUUCUUACUUCAAGCACUAAGUUAGAGGAACUCAAAAAGAUGGAUGAUUUUGAAGUUAAGUCUCUUGAGAGAUCUUUUUCAGAGAAAAUCCUCAUCCCUGAGGGAAUGACUGAUGUAAAAACCCAUCAGAAGGAUCAUUUAAUAAGCAUUGCCAAAGGAAUCCCUCUUAUUUUGAAAGGACUGGCUGCUAUCUUGAGACAGGAACGAAAAUCUGUUGAUGAUCUCAUUGCAAGCGUCACUGCCUCUUCACAGCAAUCUGAAGCAGAGGGAGAUGCGAGAAGUAGUGUACUCACUUUUGAGCAAGAAGGAGUAGACAUGGGUCAGAUGUCAGUGAUUCAAGAAAUGUUUGAUACACUUACCACUGAAAGUUUAAGGGUAUCUGCAGUAGUAAUUUCCUUGUUUCAUGGACCUUUCUCUGUGAAAAUGGCUGCCAAAGUUCUUGGUUUUGAUGAGGUGGAAGCCAUUGCUCAGUUAGAGGGACUCGUAGCCAGUGAAAUAAUUUUUGUUGUUGAUGAAGAAGCAAAAGAGAGGAAGUAUGACAUUCAUCCACUAUUACAAAAGUAUGCUGAUAGUAUCAAGAGUCUUGAAGACUUUAAUACUUCUUUCCUUGAGGCAAAGGAACGCUUCUAUGAACUCUUCAUGUACAGGAUGAAGAAAAUUGCAGAACUCAUUGAGCCAGAUUAUGUCAGAGCAUUCCAUUUGUUUGAGAGUGACAAAGCCAACUAUGAGUUCACUGUUGAGAUCUCCUUGCAACCAGAAUAUUUCAGUGUUCCAGCUGAAUUCCGUGAAAAUGCCUUGAUGGCAUCCCUUUUCAUUGCAAUGCUGCAUGAGAAACUGAUCCCGGUCUUUGGUUCCUGGGCUGAGAAAUGUGAAGAUGAUGGAAAAUCAGGUUCCCUCGCUCGAGCACAGUUGAAGUCUUGGGAAGCCAGACAAGUUGCAGAUGUUGUUGGGACUGAGAAAGCAUUCAAAGUAUUGAAAGAAGCUCUAUUUUCAAUGGAGAGAGUUGAAGACAAAUCUAGCGAGUCCUUUAAGCUCACCAAAGGCCUUUACUUGCACACUGAAGGAGAAAUUCUCUGGAGAAACAGAGACUAUAAAAAAGCACUUGCAAGCUUGACAUUGUCCUUAACAUUCUCUGAGCCGCUGCUAAAAGAACAUACCGAUCUUGCAAGGUGCUACAAUGCAAUUGGAAACUGUCAUCUAAGUCUGAAACAGCCCACAAAAGCGCUUGAGUUCUUUGAAAAAGCCUACAUGAUGCAAGAGAAAUUAGCAGCCUCUAAGAACCACUUCGACUUGCCAAUGUACAAGCAACAGAUUGGAGCGGCGUAUGAUCAUGAUGGCCUGAAAGAUUAUGAAAAGGCAGUUGAAUGUUACAAAGAUGCACUGGGACUGCUGGAAGAUCUCAAACUCCUAGGUUGUUUGGAUGAAGCACACUUCUGUAGAAAUCUUGCAAAUGUACUUAUGUUUCAAAAGAAAUAUUCAGAGGCAGUCAAACCUGCAGAAAGGGCUCUCAAGAUUAGGAUGGAUCUUCUCAAAAAUCAUCCACUGACUGUGCGUAGCAUUUUUCAGCGAGCGGUUCUUGAAGUUAAUCUUGAACAUCCAAAAGAAGCCUUGAAGUUCUUCCUUGCAGCAUGGGAGAUGGAAAAGUCACUCGGGGCAGGAAACCACAGUGAAGUAUGGCGAAAGAUUAUUGAAGGUGUUAACGCUAUGUGUUACCGCCUGAAAGAAAAACGACAAUGGGAAAGAUUUAGGAAAGAUGCCUUCAGGUUUUGUCAGCGAUUCUGGGGAGAACAGAAAGUAUCUGCACAAUUCACCUUCAAUAAGUACAACAGAGAAAUCAUUGAUGCGCUAAAAGAGUAUGCUGUUGAUAAGAAAGACAAACAUGCAGUGCGUAAGGAACAACUUUGGUUCUACGAAGGGAUGUGCACUGUCGACGAGAGAGAGUUUCAAGAGACGUUUGAACUGGAAAACGAUAACAAUAUCCUCCUUGAUCUGUUGAAAGAACGAGAUAGGCUCUUAACCGAGGUUAUACGCCUUUGCUCUGAACUUCACGAGCGUGAGAAGCUUGCAAAACACAAAGAACACAAGGUGGCUUUGUACAAAAUGUGUCUUGUUAAAGCGGGUUUUCUUGGUGACAAGGCAAAUGGCUUCGACAAAGCGUCAUUGAAGAGGAAGGUAGAGGAACUGUACAAAGAGAUAGGAAAAGAACGAUUUAUCCUGGAAUUUAGAGAGACAUUGUUGGCUUCUUGGCAAAUGCAGUGGGAAGAAGGAAAAACCAAAGAAAAGGCAGAGAAGAUCGGCGUUGAAAGAGAAACGACAAUCGAUGGCAUUCUCCAGUUGAGCAAAGAGCUGAUGAAAGAUACUGUGUACAAACAGUAUGGACAAGAAGCGUUGAGUUUUUAUGAUGAAUUAUGGGAAGUAAAGCACGCUUCCUUGAAGAAUCCCGAAAUGAAGAGGUUCCUUCUUAAAGUAAAGGAUUUGGCGUCGUCCAUCGGUGAUUACAGGAGUAAAAAACUUUAUGAAGAUGCAUUGAAGGCGCUAAAUGAAACUGGGAAACAUCCAGGGGCCAUAUUGAGACCAAAAGCUGCAAGUUCCACUUCUAAAUCGAAGAGAGAAGAGAAGGAUGAUGAAGAGGAAAAAGAGGAAAUUGAGAUUGAACAGAAAGAGGAAGAGCUCGAAAUUGGCUCAGAAGAAGAAACUGAGGUUGGAGCAGAGAUGGAACCCUCUUCUGAAGGUGUUCAAACUGAUGAGAGAAGCAUCAUUUUCAAAGACACUGUAACAAAACAAGGUGGCCGCUGGGACUUGAGGAAGGCAGCAACUCACUUGGUAUUUCCACGUGGUUUUGUUGCUGAGGACACUAUGUUCACUCUUUUUCGAUUGAAAUCCUCACUGUGUUCUCCUCCUCUUCAGCCAAAUGAAGCCAUAGUCAGCAAUGUUCUUGAAUUAUCGGCAGACACUCCUGAAAGCCUUCUAUUCAAUAAAGAAGUCACGCUUGGAAUUUCGCACAGUGCGCUGGACCUUAAAGGAUAUGAAGUGGUGAUUAAGACCUUGAUAGACAGAGAGAGAAAUGAAUGGAAGGACGUCGAGCAAACAAGUGAUUAUAAAUCUCUGUCAGAUCUUCAGAGAGUCUAUCACGAUAAUUUUCCUGAUUAUCUUCUUCCUGUUGCUGAGACGAAGAUUAUCCAGUGUUCUACCUUCGCUGUGGUUUGCCGUCUCAAGUCCUACAUUUUUACGAUAACCUCAGAACCGUCUACCAUCUCUUUGCCUGAUUUCCCGUUGGUGAAGAUUCAUUUUCCACCAAAUUCGGUCUCGUCCACUGAAGAAUUCAGUGUAAGAGUACAAGAAUAUAUUCCCAAGGAAUUGAAAGGCGAGGAAACGCUGGCUGGCCCCAUCAUAAGAAUAUCUUGCAACAAGGAGAUUAAGUUUCAAGAAGCUGUCACCGUCCAGCUGCCGUUGUCCUUGAGAGACACUGAGCAGGACGCUGAAUCAUUGGGUAUUUCUAAUUUGUCCUUAGUCCGUGCUCGAGUCCUGUUUCAACCAUCUAAUGGUACACAGCGAGAGUGGACUGAAAUCACAGAUCUUCUCGAUUCCCCUCCGUGGCUGGAUGGGUUUGUUAUCAAAUUCAACGUGAGACACUUCUCAGGAUUUUGGACCUGGCUCGCAUCACCAUUAACCCAAAUUGCCCGUGCAUGGAAUACGGAGAGUGUACGGCAUUCAGUCGUUUUCACAGCUACUGUUCCAGUGCAUACUAGACUUAACACCGAUGUAGAUCUGCUUUUGUACUGCAGUCCAAAUGACAAGAAAAGAGAACACAUCGAUGAUGAGAAGAUGGUUUGGUUGAUAGAAGAAAGUGCAUGGUACAGCAUGGUCACUGAUGAUCAGGCUUACGUCUUCCUUUCAGGGGAUGCAGCGCAAGUAGUCAAUAAGGAACGACUCAAGAAUUUUUUUCUCAGGUUUGAUAGAGAGGCUUCUAAUUUUAGACGUCUGGCGGUACACGUGGUAAACAAAGGCGUCCUAACAAUAGAGUUCUACAAAAGUAAAGAUCGGAGUGAUGGAAAUAUGAUUGGUGUACUGGAUAUGAAACUGCCUCCCGCGCUGGACCUUGCGAGUACUCCUGUGAAGUUUCUAGGCAUUCCCGUAGAUGACAGAAUGCUUCACGAAGCUCCUUUGGCCGAAAUCCUGGCAGCAUGUAACGGGGUGUUAGAGAAAAUAGGCCGGUGGGAUAUUCAUGAAAGUCAUUUGCGAAGCAACCUCGAUGAAUUUCACAAAAAAUGUAGUUUCUACGGAGCUCUUGCGAGCUUACCCGUAGAGCAUCAACGAAAGUGCUGUGAUGCAAUCAUUAACUUUCUGAGGAUGCACAGACGAACCGGUUUCGAAGGCUUUAAACACAUCGAAGAAUAUCUUAUUCAUGCAAAAGAUGCCUAAUAACUAUCAAUAAAAGCUUACGUUGCGAAUUUUUUGAGAAGCUUUGAGAAUGGUCUUUAUAAAUUAAAAAUCAAGAAACGUAUAAUCGAUGCCAUAAGAAGAGAAGUGGAUGAUGACGAGGUUUGCUGCAGAGCAGCGCUCAGAAAAUUGUACGAGAAAAGUGGAUCCUGAGCUACAAAAUUGAGGAAAGGAGGGUUUAUGUUGUGACUUACGAGUAGGAGUUUUAGUUAUGUGAACGAGAACUUAAUCUUGUUUACCGGCCAAAUGUUCCACUAAAUGAGAGAAGUUUAGUUUCUUAAUAUAAUUAAAGCGACUGUAAAAGUUAGAAGGACUCAGUUGAAAGGGUAAGCAAUCUUCUCACAAUAGGAUACAGAGAUUAAAAUAUUUGCACAACCAAAGAGGGUUAGACAUUUGGUGAAGAAGAACUUGCUUCAUCAAAAGUAAAAAGACACUUGCCGGUUAAAAUUACACGACUUUCUUUGCGUGCGUCGCUAAAAUGCAAAGGGAAGAAGAGAAGAAAGUCAAAUUGAAGUGCAAAGGACGAAGAACUUGUGAAAAGAAAAAUAAGUUGAAAGGGAGAAAAAAGAGUGACGAACGACUCCUGAGAUUUGGCAUUUCCUCUCCCUCCCCCUCACGGUAGAUCCUAUCCACACUUUGUUUUCCUUAUCACCUUCUCCUUUG